CCCCACCCUCUCCUCCGUGUACUGUGGAAAGGCACGUUGCAGUGGUGCUCGGCGUCUACGCCCACUGAGGUGCCGCUGCUCAUUUUCCUGCGGGAAACACUCAUCACGGCACGGCAAGCAAGGAAAGGCAGACAGGCUAGAAGGCUGGGAAGGAAAGAUCAGGCGCGUCCGAGUUCCAUCAGCGACGUACAUCGUGACAAAUGAUGGCCCAGCAGUGAAAAACGACAAGGCCGCCGGGUUGCUUCGCUCUGUCACCGCUAAAGCCCGUUGUUGUCGUGUGCGUGUGUAUGUGAUUUUAUGAUUUGCACCCCGGACUUUAGCCGCCAUUAGAGCCGAAGCCACCCCAUGCCAGAAAUGGAAUUCGUAUGACUGGACUGAUUACCGGAGGACCGCUCUUGUCAACCUGCCGAGGAAAUCGACGUGAGCUUUUGUCGCCUGCUGCCUCGACGCUGCCGCAGACAGGCACGACCACACCGCUCGGAUCGUUAAAAGCGUACCACUGUCCGAACCUUCGAGCACCUGGACACAUCGAAACCUCUGCUGGCAGUGUAUAGAUAACGCGAACGUGCCACCGUGUGCUUCUUGCUGCCUGUAUAAUGUCGACACAUUUGCGUUUCCGGAGAAGGUCAUACCUUGGGCUUUUAUUCCUCUUUUCGCUUUCAACCUCGGCACUGUAUUUCAUCUACUCCGCACCUGGUAUCGUGAACGAGUAUGUGUUCAUGGUCCAAGCCAGAGGGAUCCGGAUCAGAGAAAAUGUGAAGAAUAUCGGUGCUCAGGUCCUGGAGCAGGUGGUGCGAGGUGCCUACAGCAAUGGCACAGAUUACUCUUAUGACUUUAACAUGAGUGAGAGUGAUGCCCCUCCCACUGCAUACCUCCCUGAGGGCUUCACGUACCUCCACUCACAAGUUUGCCCUGAGAAGCUACCCUCUAUGAAGGGUAGGUUGGAGGUGAAUAUGAGUGAGGUGUCACUGGAAGAUGUGGAGCGAUCACUGCUGCAAGAGACUACUCUUGCCCCAGGAGGCCACUGGAAGCCCAAAGACUGUUUACCUCGCUGGAAGGUGGCAAUCUUAGUCCCGUUCAGGAACCGACAUGAGCAUCUGCCCAUCCUCCUGAGACAUCUCGUGCCAGUGCUGCAGAAACAGAGGCUCCAGUUUGGCUUUUAUGUCAUUGAGCAGGCUGGCACAGAGCCGUUUAACCGAGCCAUGUUGUUCAAUGUGGGCUACAAGGAGGCCAUGAAGGAUCUGGACUGGGACUGUCUGGUGUUCCAUGAUGUGGACCACCUCAUGGAGAAUGACAGGAACUACUAUGGCUGCACGGACAUGCCCAGACACUUUGCAGUCAAGCUUGACAAGUACUCGUACAUGCUUCCGUACAAUGAGUUCUUUGGCGGUGUCAGCGGCCUGAGAGUGGGACAGUUCAAUAGGAUUAAUGGAUUUCCUAAUGCAUUCUGGGGCUGGGGAGGAGAGGACGAUGACCUUUGGAACAGGGUGCUGUACGCCAAUUACACCGUAAGCAGACCACACGGAGAGCUGGGGCGCUACAUGUCCAUUCCACACCACCAUCGCGGAGAGGUCCAGUUCCUGGGGAGGUAUAGUCUUCUCCGCCACUCAAAGGAGAGGCAGAAAGUGGAUGGUCUGAACAACUUAAACUACUCCCCCCUAGUGUCCAAGAGGCCUCUCUACACCAACGUCACGGUCAGCUUGAGCAGAAGUCUUGCACCUGUAGCCGACUACUGAUGUAGGCAAAGCUGGACUGAGAAACCACCUGGGAAUCAAAAGUCCUCUGGGACAUCAGCCAUAUCUCACCAGUUGCGGCACUGCUGAAAAAGCUUUUUAGUUUGUUCGUGCUUUCUUCCUUUUGUGGGUAUUCAAAAAAGAAAAAAAAAAGAAGACUCGAAAUAGGCGUGCUGGCUAAAUCAUACAAGAAAAUCUGGAAAAAUGCUGCACUUUUUUGUGCCACAGUCCACCACUUCACUCAUCUGGGAUUAUCUAGUCUUCAGUGUCCACAGUCCACAUGCCUUUUGCACCAUUUUGGCCUUCAACACCCAUCGAGUCAUUAAUUUCCUUCAUUGAGUCUGCGAUUAACUCAUCACUGCACUUCAGUUUAAAUUAGUUCUACAAAAUAGGCCGUGAGACACACUUGCCACUCUUGCACGUGCGUAGCGGUUUGACUUAAAAAGUGGUGAUGUGGUCUCUUAUUUUGCUUUUGCACUUCUUACAUGAAUGCAGUAGUCGUGUGAAAAUAUUUGCAUGCGCACACACACAAACACACACAUUUUACUGCGUGGGAGCUUGCAGCUGGUUCUGCAAAACGUAUGCCAAAAUCUACAAAUGAAAAGAACUAUGAAGAGUGUUCAAUCAUCUACAUGUGAGAUAAUUGACGCUAAAUUUAGAGUUUAUAAAUACCUUGCUAAUUUCCUACAAUUAUAUUUUACCCUGUGAACAUACCAUUUGAAGACUGUGAUAUUUGUGUUUGCGUUGUUGCUUUCGGUGUACAUGGCUGCCAGCGAGUGGCUGUGGGUGGGAGAGCGUUUUCUCGUCCUGUUAGCAAUAAGCCGUAAUAUCACAGAGAUGAAUUUCGAACCGACUGCCUCACCAUACCGAUGCAAUAGCGCAGGUGCUAGCAUACACUCGCAUUGGACUACAGAGACAGACUGUGUAUGCAAAGCUUGUGUUCGGCGCAAGUCAACACAUGAAGAACGACGUCUUCUCAGAACCUCUGCAUUCUUGUCCGAGAGUAUGUUAGCGAAGGAGAGCCGAUGCACAUGGACAAUUGAUCAAAUUGUCGUGUCACCAGAGUGAGAGUGACAGGAUUGACUUCAGACCCCACUUUGUUUGCCUUGCAUAAUCACAGACCCAAUUUUGUGUGCGUGCGUGUGUGUGUGUGCGUGUGUGUGUGUGCGUGUGUGUGUGUGUGUGUGCGUGUGUGUGUGUGCGUGUGUGUGUGUGAGAUCACCUCAGUUUUCACAUGAGCUAACUGGAGGUAGAGAUACUUGAUUGCUGUCACUGUCCAGAUAGUGUUUACAGGAGUUUUUUUGAUCGAUUCGUCAGGUUGCAUCGUGCCCCCACCCACUGUAAACCUCUUUAGCAUUGUAUCGAUGCCCGCCUUCAGUAAUAUUAUUUUAAAAUUAAAUACGUCUUUCUUUCAGAUCUGAAUAUUUAAGGCAUCAGCUUCUAUCUCGUCCAUUUCCAACCCUGUCAGCUUGUUUUGUCGAGUCGCGAGCGAGUCGAACUUCGCGCACGGACAUCAGCCAACGUUCUGCUAGUACAGGGCGGUCAAAUAAUUGCCCUUCUUUCAUUUAAGUGUAUGCUAAAUUGACCAGUUCAACGUAAAUAUAUGGGUCAAUGAAAUUUAAAAAAUAAGAAAAGAAAAACAAAGAAUGCAAAUUCAGACAUGCUCUCACUGGCUGUCCUCUCGUCACAAAGCGACUCCAUUUCACUCAUAUUGCCUUGUAUACAUUUUAUUUUUUGGGGGGGGCGAAUUACUUUUGUUCCCACAUUGAGGCUGGACCUCUUUUUAUUUAUUUGAUCGCUUAUGGAUUAUUUUCUUUAAUUGUUUUUGUUUUUUAUCAUUUGACAGUUGAUGUGCUGAUAAUGACGUGAUGUAUGACAAGCUGUGUUAGGCGCACUAAAUCUCGUAGUCAUGUGUAUUUGUGUGGAGGUUGUGAGGUUCGGAUCCUGUGUUUAUGCCUGGGAGCAGCUUUAUUUCACGCAGACUUGAGGUCUGAUGAAAUAAACCGGGACCCGUUUAGGACGGUGUGUGUUCAACUGCUCUGAGGACGCCAUUUUGUGUGACGACCGCAGGAAGAGCAAGAAAACCAAUUAAUUGUGAGCUUUCCAAUUCGUUCAGUGAGCAUCUCCUUUGAAAUGGAGUGAUGAUGGUGUUGGCCUGCUUGGGAGCUCUCUUCUCAAAAGUCUCCAUUGCUCUUUUUUGGAACAAUUCGAAGGACAUGUGCCAGUACCAACAUUCUCGUCAUUCCUGUUAACUAAUACCUCUUGUUGUACAUCUACAAAUCAAACCUAAUCUACAAAUGAGGAGGGGCCUGGGGGGUUAAUUUGGCAGUUCAGUGGAGCCUGGGUUUUCAUGAAAUCAUUCCAGAGAGUCUGACUAAAACUAACUCAUAGGACAUCCAAAGCAGUAUUUCUCGUAGGAAAUAGCAAUUCCAAUGUAAUCUGUUCCAGACUUCCAAAAUAUUAACAAAAAAUACAUUCAAUAGAGAUUUAUUUUAGUCAUUUACACACACAAUGUGAAAUAAUAAAUAUAAAUGACUAUUGAAGGGGAUAAAUGAACAUUUUUAUUCAGUACUGUUUAUGGCGCCUACAGUUGGGAGGGGUUUUCUUUUUUGAAUUUUGCCGUGUUUCUCUUUUUGUUGUAU